AUGGCUCCUCAGUUGGAUCCCUUUUUCCAGAAGGUGGAUGAGCUCAAGCAGCCCUUCAUUGAGCGCUUGAGAGAGGCGGUUGCAAUCCAGUCCGUAUCGGCACAGGCAGAGAGCAGGCCAGAUGUCGUCAAGAUGGGCCACUGGGUCGCCGACCAGCUCAAGACUCUCGGUGCAGAGGUCGAGCUGAGAGAGCUCGGAAAGGAGCCAGGCAGAGAGCACCUCGAUCUCCCGCCGGUGGUGCUCGCUCGCUACGGCAGCGACCCCAAGAAGCGUACCAUCCUCGUCUACGGACACUACGACGUCCAGCCGGCUGAGAAGGAGGAUGGAUGGGCCACCGAGCCCUUCGACCUCACCGUCGACGAGCAAGGACGCAUGUUUGGCCGUGGAAGCACUGACGACAAGGGCCCAGUCCUUGGAUGGAUCAACAUCAUCGACGCCCACAAGCAGGCCGGCGUCGAGUUCCCCGUCAACCUGCUCUGCUGUUUCGAGGGAAUGGAGGAGUUCGGAUCCCUGGGCCUCGAGGAGUUCGUCAAGGCAGAGGGCCCCAAGUACUUCAAGGACACUGAUGCCGUCUGUAUCUCUGACAAUUACUGGCUCGGCACCGAGAAGCCAUGUCUGACCUACGGCCUCCGAGGAUGCAACUACUACUCUCUCACCAUCUCCGGGCCCGGUCAGGACCUGCACAGCGGUGUCUUCGGCGGCACUGCUCACGAGCCCAUGACCGACCUGGUCACCCUCCUCGCUAAGCUCGUUGACUGCCAGGGCAACAUUCUCAUCCCGGGAAUCAAGGAGCUCAUCGCCCCCGUCACCGACGACGAGCAGGGCCUGUACGAUGCCAUAACCUACUCCAUGGACGACUUCCACAUCUCCCUCGGCAGCGAGACCUCCAUCAUGCCCACCAAAGAAGGCACCCUGAUGCGCCGCUGGAGAUUCCCAUCCCUCUCCAUCCACGGUGUAGAGGGUGCCUACUCCGCCCCCGGCUGCAAGACCGUCAUCCCGGCCAAGGUCCUUGGAAAGUUCUCCAUCCGAACGGUCCCCAACAUGCAGAGCGAGGACGUCACCCGUCUCGUCACCGAGUUCAUCAACGCCGAGGCUGCUAAGCUGCAGACCAAGAACAAGAUCGAGGUUGCCCUCAUGCACGACGGAAAGUGUAUCCCAAUCACCCUGACCUUCGAGGAAGCCACGGGCAAGAACGUCCUUCUCCUGCCCAUGGGAAGCUCCACCGACGCUCCUCACUCCAUCAACGAAAAGCUCGACACCCGCAACUACAUCGAGGGAACCAAGCUGCUCGGUGCCUACCUUCACUACGUCGCCGAGGAGCCACUGAACUAA